GACGACUCCUGUACUGAUUCGUAGCCUUUAUCGGCCACGGCCCCGAGCUAGGCGAGAGAGAGCCUUCGGUCGGUGACGCUUUAAACGUUUCAAAAGUGGCUUUCUGACAGGAUAUCAUCGCCUCCAUACGAUAACCGUUUGCCGAAAGAGAACAAAGAGACAAGGGGAGAGUCGGAAAGCGGGGCGGGCGAGGAGGGAGGACUCCACCCGCUGCCGUAGGACUCGAUACUUUUGCCGCCUUCUUUCCCUUUCCACGUGCCCCUUCCCAUCGGGAGGUGCAUUGAGGAUUUCAUCGAAUAUAUUCCCCCCAUCGAUCCAUCCACUGGGGGAAAGUAGAUGAAUGCGUCUACAGCGCACAGUGGAGAUGCAUUGAGGAGGAGGACGACGUGGGCCCGCACGGGAAUGGGUCCCCGUUUGGAGAUCGAGGAGGAUGAGAAGGACGCGGGGGAGCGGAGAUCAGUUGAGACGUUUCGGCAGGCUUUGAUUGCGAGAGAUCUGCUGCCGGCUCGUCAUGAUGAUUACUAUACCAUGAGGAGACAUGCUGCACAUGUUAUUUGACAUUUGUUGCUACAGAUUUUUGAAGGCAAGAGGGUUCAAUAUUGAAAAAACAAUACAUAUGUGGUCAGAAAUGCUCCAAUGGAGAGAAGACUUCGGUACAGAUACUAUCCUACAAGACUUUGAGUUUGAUGAACUGGAAGAGGUUCUUCGUUACUAUCCACAUGGUUAUCAUGGUGUGGACAGAGAUGGUAGACCUGUUUAUAUUGAAAGGCUUGGGAGGGUCGAUCCAAGCAAACUUAUGAAGGUUACAACAGUUGAACGAUUUCUGAAAUACCAUGUUCAGGCAUUAGAGAAAGUCUUCACUGAGAAAUAUCCAGCAUGUUCAUUUGCAGCCAAAAGGCAUAUUGAUACAAUGAUAACAAUUCUAGAUGUACAAGGAGUGAAUUGGAUGAGCAUUAGCAAAUUAGCUCAUGAUAUUGUCCUCCGCAUCAAUAAAAUUGAUGGUGAUAACUACCCUGAGAUAUUGCAUAAGAUGUUCAUUGUUAAUGCUGGCAAUGGUUUCAGAUUGCUAUGGAGUGCUUUAAAAGGUUUCAUUGAUCCCAGGACAUCUGCAAAGAUACAGGUCUUAGGAGAUGCAUAUCAAACUACGCUACUUGAAUUUAUUGACAUGAGUCAACUGCCUGAUUUUCUUGGUGGUUCUUGCACUUGCACUAAUGAGGGAGGAUGUCUUAGAUCCAACAAGGGACCAUGGAAUGAUCCACAUUUAAUGAAAUUAGCUCGAUGUGCACAGACAAGCUCAAGGAAGAGAACCAGUCUAUCUGAUGAAGAAGAAUUGACCACCCAGAAUUCGGUGCCAGAAGUCAUCAGUCAGUUGGAAUCAGAUUUCACUGAUACUGCCCCUUUGACAGGAUUAAGUCCUUCAGUUGCCAUUCACUCAACUCAAGUUCAUGAAAAUAUUAGGAUCGAUGAACAUGAGGCUUCCAUCAGCUUGACUAGUCAAUCAGAAGUUAGUAAUAGAAUUGGAGGUGCUUCAUUGGAUAAUUCUAUGCCUGAGAAUUCAUCAACCAAGUUCCAUAUGCUAAUAAUGCGAGCAUUCACUCGCUUCAUUAUGAAACUGCUAGCAAUUUUGCAUAUACUUUUUGGGUUGAGAAAUGUGGCCUUUCAUCAAGUGGAUGAGAGGAUAUGGGACCAUCAUAGAAUGGAUUCUGCAAAUGCAAACCCUACUGACCACCUUGCCUCGCAUGAUGCCAAGCAAGACUCUAUCCUUCCAUGCUUGGAGAGGCUGCAGAGGUUAGAAGAACUGGUAGCUGAGUUAAAUACAAAGCCCACGAAGAUUCCUCCAGAAAAGGACAUCAUGAUUCUAGAAUCACUAAAUAGAAUCAAAUCCAUAGAGUAUGAUUUACAGAAGACAAAGGAGGCAUUGAACGCCACCUCAUCGAGGCAAGUAGAGUUGGCGGAGCUGCUGGAGAAUUUAAAAGAGAGCAGUUUACACAGGAAUUCAUGCUGGUUUAAGGAUUCCAAGUCUCUUCAACAAAGAACUUAAAUAGUCUGUCUGACAGUAUGCCACACCAUUUUCUAUCCUUCUGCAAUGUGCAUCUAUUAGUGCCAACAAGAAUCCCGACUUACUUAUUUUUGCCAGAGGAAUAUCUGGAUUAUCUCAUUUUCAUCGUAGCUAGUCUGCAACAACCAUUCCAUAGUAAGCGAAACUUGUUCUCGAGAGUCAUGAAGGCUCAUUUGUUUAUGAAUUGAUGCUUGAAAACUCUCAAAUGCGUAUCAUAUACAAAUCAUUGUAUUUUUUGUUGUGCAGCUGAAUAGAAAAUAUUGAAAUUUAUUUAUUUUAAAACAUGCUAGAAUUAUUGUUGUUUA